CCGCAGACUCCAAACUGCAAAGAAGAAAUGAGACUAAUUUAAGAAGGGAGUAGGAGUGAUUGGAAACAUUGUACUCAUUCAAUCUUAACUUGCUCAUCAAUCACUUGCUCACCAAGCUUUCAACAUGUCCCGCCAACUCAUCUCCAGCGACAAAUUCCCUCCCAAGCCUCACAACUGCCCCGCGACUAAAGUCCCCGGCCUCGUCUUCCUCGCCGGCCAGACAGCCACUGGCGAGAUCAAACAAGCCACACGCACCGCUCUGCAAAACCUCAAAGAAGUGCUCGAGCUGUCUGGAUCUUCCUUAGACCAGGUAGUCAAGUACAAUGUGUACCUGGCAGAUAUGAAGGACUUUGCUGCUAUGAACGAGGCCUAUAUUGACUUCCUGCCCAAGCCGAUGCCGUCACGCUCGUGUCUGCAGGCUGUUCCGCCUGGUGAUGGGACGGUUAUUGAGAUUGAAUGUAUUGCGCAGGCUUAGUUAGAUAAUAUCAUUCAGAGUGAUGAAUUACUGAAAUUUGUUGUGUCGUGACAAUACUAAUUCUGCCUUCACCAGAGUACUCGAUCCGUGGCCAAAUAUUGAGGUCAUUAUAUCAACCACUUCGAGCCAUCUUGUCUGUAAAUUCUUCCUCGCAGAAUAUCCUUCCGGCAGGUCCUCUUGAGAUUUACUGGAGAGACAGUGGAAGUCCAUUCCUGUU